CGUGUGGUCCAGGAAAUUUUCCAGGAAAUUCAGGGCUGGUUUCCAGAAGAAACCCACAAAGAAAAUGUCACCCCAGAAAGUAAAUCCGGGAAUGCAGAACACGUCGAGUGGAAAAAGAGUGCAGAAAGAGGAAAAAAGAGAAGAUUGAAUUGGACUGUGGGAAUCAGACUCUGGAAAAGGAAAAAUUGUGAGAUCUUGGUCAUCACGCGAAACCAUCUUGGCGAUUUAGCUCUGUCAAUAGCACCAGAGCGAAACCACCAGCGGAAGAGCAAAAAAGGCCACGGCCAGCAGUUACUUUCGCCUUGGCUUGCGUCACACCAGAACCAAAAUCUCAGUGCGAUAAGGAAAAGAGAGAGGAGAACGAGAGGUCCACAUCCACCCAUGACCAUGGCCCCAAAUGCUCCCCCCCCAUCCACGGUCCGACGCUGUUGAACGACAACAGCCUUCGGCUGCUUCGGUCAGUCCAAAACAUUGUAACUCAAGCAAAAAGAGAGAAGGGGAAAGAGGUGUAGAAACAGGUGCUCCAGAUCCAUCAUCUCAAUUAACCGGAGAAGGGCUUGAAGAUAACGCGCCACCAUACUUGUUUCCCCAGCAACCUCCCAUCUCCUUGUUUCUCUCUCUACUGAGUCUCUCUGACGGUUCUUGAAUCAAAAACUCCUCGGCAUUCUCAGGAAGUCCUCAAAUUGGGCCGUUAUAAGCGCCCAUCCGACGUGAUCUUCAGCCCCGUCGCGGCGUUUUCUAUCGUCCAAGCGUCGCCUUUGUGGGGAAUUCAGUGCCGAAAGGGAUCUUGGUCUCCUGAAAUUGGCUUCUUGUCCACGUACCGUCAAAUUUUCAGUCUUGGCAGGUGGAAAUCUCCUUUGGCUGUUCAUGAUUCGGACUCUUUCUUGACGUAGAGCCAAAAGGGUACCUCAAAACCCUCCCAAUUUGUGAAAUUCUGCAUCGAUCGACAUCUUCUUGAAGCUGCCAGCACUAUGACAUCAAGAACUGUUGCGAGGAAUGGGUUGUUCUACCCGAUUGUGGGGUUUGCAUCCUGCGUGGCAUUCAUUUACUUGUCUUUUGGUGACUUCAGGCUCAAUUUCUAUGUGGGGAAGAGGAUGGACUUCGUGGGAAGAAAUGGGACACAGUUUGUGGUCGAUGGUAAAGUUUUCUACGUGAACGGGUGGAAUUCUUACUGGUUGAUGGAUCAGGCGGUUGACGAAUACAGCAGGCCUAGGGUUAGGACGGUGCUGCAAGCUGGUGCGCGGAUGGGUCUCACGGUUUGCAGGACCUGGGCCUUCAAUGAUAACACUUAUCAUGCUCUCCAGAUUGCCCCUGGUCAGUUUGAUGAGGGAGUGUUUCAGGCUUUGGAUCUUGUAAUUGCAGAAGCAAAUCAACAUGGAAUCAGGUUGCUUCUCAGUUUAGUUAAUAACUUGCAAGCAUUUGGCGGAAAGACUCAAUAUGUCAAGUGGGCGUGGGAAGAAGGCAUUGGAUUGAGCUCGUCCAAUGAUUCCUUUUUCUAUGAUCCUUCUAUUCGUCAGUACUACAAAAAUUAUGUCAAGGCUGUGUUAACCAGGAAGAAUACCAUUACCGGCAUCGAAUAUAGAGAUGAUCCAACCAUAUUUGGAUGGGAGUUGAUGAACGAACCCCGUUGUAUGACAGAUCCUGCAGGGGACACCCUUCAGGACUGGUUAGAGGAAAUGUCAACAUUUGUAAGAUCAAUUGACAAGAAGCAUCUACUGACCGUAGGCCUUGAAGGAUUUUAUGGUCCUAAAAACCCCAAAAGUUUAACUGUGAACCCAGCAGACUGGGCAGCCCUUUACGGGUCAGAUUUUGUUCAUAAUUCCAAUCUCCCGAAUAUUGAUUUCGCUUCAGCUCAUAUCUACCCUGACCACUGGUUUCAUGAGAUAGAAUUCGAGGAGUCAGUAAAGUUCGUCUCAAAAUGGGUGCGUUCCCACAUUGAUGAUGGCGACAGGGAACUGAAAAAGCCAGUCAUGUUCACUGAAUUUGGAUACUCAAACCAGAACCCAAACUUCCAUCCAUCUCAGCGGGAUCGGUUUUUCAAGACAAUCUUCGACGAAAUCUAUGCAUCUGCCAGGAAGAACGGGGCAGGGGCAGGUUCUUUUGUGUGGCAGUUCUUUGUCGGAGGGAUGGAAGAAUACAACGACGAUUUCGGGAUUGUUCCAUGGCAAAGAUCAUCUACAUAUCAACUGAUCACAGAACAUUCAUGCAGAUUGGCUGCUCUUCGUGGAUUAAACCAACUGAAGGGAAGCUUGAGAGAACUGUGCCUGCAGGACAAAUGAAGACAACAUAAUAGCAUAGCAAAAUCCAUCUAGUGGGAAUGACAUGGGUUUGGGUCCCUAUAGAAUGUGAAGUCGAUGCAUUGCUCCAUGCUCUCCUUGUUUGCUAUGGGGUUCACAGUAAGUGAACUAUAUGAAUAUAAACAGCACAAUCAGCUACAGGAUCUGGUAGAGAAUGUAGGUAUGUUGAGCUGUUCAUGAAUGACAGAACCGGCGCCCAACCCAA